UUAGGAACCGAGACACCGCUGCUCUGUCUCGCGAUCUGUGGGCGGGAUGAUAUGCUGCCCCUGUAACCUGGCCACACCUCCGGGAUCACUCAACAGCUCCGCCUCCUCGCCGCUGAUUGGCCACCGGAACUGUAGCUCAGGAGAGGCACACAGGCGGCCAAUCACCGGCGAGGAGGUGGAGCUUGGAGAGGAGGAGCCGAGCGGCAGAGCGCGCAGAUCGAAGAAGAUCGAGGGAGCUGCAGGACCGAGUGAAGAGGAGAGAGGCCAGAGAAGGAAGACAGCUGACAGGUAAGCUGUAGAUGGGGCCCAGGCUGGAGCAGGGGUCAGCAAGGUAAGUAUCAU